AUGACAAAUGAUAUAAAGUAUUUCAUUGAUCUGGUCAAGACAUCUGACUUUAGGGAGCUGUCCGAUGUGAUUGAUCAUUUGAUUCAAUGUGCCAAUGUAAAGACUCAACAACAACAACAACAACAUCAAGAUGUGGUCGACAUUGUUGAACAGGAUGUUGAAGAUAUCUUGCCUCUGGAAGAGUACAAGAACAUUGAGAAGCUCCCAGAGCUCAUUGAGUUUAUGUGGUGGAGAAUCAACACGCCCAAUGAGUUGGUACACAAGGCAAGGAACUUUUUCCAGUCGUGUAUCGACAUUGCCGUGAGACAAAUAUCCAAAGAGGAGUACUCUAGUGAUUAUCUCAGAGUGUUGAUCAAUCUAUUGUCUCCAAAGCCCUAUCCGAGAGGAUAUGGCCAAGACUUUAACGAUAUCCCCUCAAAGUUGUCCUCUCAGUUGGCAAGCCAUCUGAAGCAACUGGAUGGUAUGUUGAUCGUUAAGAGCAAGAUACACGCUCACAAAGGUUCAUUCGACACUCUAAAGAAACUUCUUUGUGUCAUGAAGAAGUUGACCAAAAAGAUAACGGUCGAAGAGAGUGACUCAGAGGUGGAGGAACUCAUCAAGAUAGUCGUCCAAAAGAUACUAAAGAUGCCCGACGAGGAGUUCAAGAAUGAGAGCAAGAAGGACUUGGACCUCUGUCUCAAGUAUUUGGAGGGCAUUGUGCAGAACAUCACCACCAACACGUUUGCCGACUUGAUCAAUGUCUAUCGCAUGGACGUUGCACUCAAAUGUUUCAACUCGGUCUCGUUGGAGAAGCGUAAUGCUGGUCUGAACGACAUCAUCCGCCAGACUCGUUUCGAACCAUACCACCAUAUGUACAGUCGACAAUUCAAUCACUAUUCCCCUGAAAAGGUGAUUGAGUGGAUAAAGAACAACAAGAUCGUUGAGCUGCUGUAUGGAGAGACGAUGCACAUCCAGUUGCUCCAAAAGUGUACAGAUAUAUUGAAGUUCUUGGCCGAGAAGAAGGCAUUCACCAGGAAGUAUCUCGAUAUGAUGUGGAGUGCCGCCGAGGGCAAGCACGAGACGAUCGAGCACGUCAUCUACGAGAACAUUGGCAACGUCGCACCACUACUGCCCACACAGGACAUUGAGUAUCUUUUCCAGAAGAUCAAGAUGAUUCCUCUGGCCUCCUACACAAUGGAGACCCUUCAACUGAUCAAUUGUCUCACCACCACAAACGACCACACCUCCUCGCAGCCCUACCUCUUUGGCUCCAACUCCCACAAUGGCGGCAGUGGCGUAGGUCCCUUCACCCAAUACCAACACCAGGAGCAAGAGUCACGAGAGUCUACAAUUCCACUGGGACUCGAUAUAUUCUGGCAGCUUUUACAGGACACGGGCGGCGUCGUCGUAAGCCCAGAGCUGGCACAACAAGCACUUGCCAAUCUGAAGCAGGGUCUGCACCACAACAACACGCAGCGCAACGACUAUCUGAUGAAGUGCAUCGACAACAUUGACAAGCAUCACUCUGUCAUCUUCUCUCUGCGUCUGAUCGAGUACAUCAUCAACCUCUACACGGUGCGCUUCAAGAAGAGUCCCAAUCUAAUGAGCGCUUCUGAGCAACACCAGCAGCAGAAACAGCACGGCAGUGCCAUCAUCGAGCAGCUCAACCAAACGACAUCGCUUAUGGACAAGUUCUUUGCACACCUUACCUUUUACAAGCAGCACUGCCGGUCCGUCAUUGACGGUGCCAACACUGCAGGCAAGCCACUGGGAGACCAGAGCACGUUGGAUGACACUGUCCUGCAUGGCCGACACACUCAUACCGAGCAGAUGGCCGAGUACGUUCACUUUAUGGACUACAUCUGGGACAAGUCCCCAGCGACGCUCACCACCACCAACAUGGACAUUGUGUGGGACGUCUAUGUGAUCGAACCAAUCACCGGCACUGAUCGUGACAUUUACUUUAAGUGGCUAGAGAAUGGUCCUUGUUUUGAGGAUUCAAUCUACUCUCAUCUCGUUCAAAAGUUUGAGGAGAUACCAUUCAGAGACCUUGAGCUGUCAGGUGCCACUCUCUAUGUCAUUUGUUUAAAGACAGUGAACAAUGAGUUCCAAUCAAUCACACCAAAUCUAGUUGGACUGGACAAUCUUUGGAAGAUUGCACUAGAGGUGGAGAGUGAAAAGGUUGGUCACACCAUGGUGAAUGUACUCAAUGAGUUGUAUAAAUUGAUGGAGUCUAAUGAGAAUGGAGAGGAAUUCCUAGCUGCAUGUGUAUCUCGUCUAUCUAAAGUGCCAACCACUGGCCGUCUGAACAGAUCAGAGAGCAUUCAGGUCAACAGGGUGUUGUCAAUGGUCAAAGCCUACCUCGAUGGCUUUGGCACCAAGAUCAAGGACUCGUUCAAGAAGAACUACUCCCCCUCGAUAACCGUCAACUUCACCAACCAGAAGCAUCGUAUCCAGUUGCACAUCAGGAGCAACGAGACCAUCGGCCACAUCAAGGAGCGCUUGGCCAAGCAAAUGAUGACACAUCCCGGCUCACUGUAUUUUAUCCAUAACGCCAGACAGGUCAACUGCGACUAUGAGACUCUGGAUGACUUUGGCGUGCAGAAUCAUGACACCAUCCUGGUGAACGAGCUAUCCGAGCCCAGACAGCCCGACGAUGGCUAUCAGCCCGUCAGCAUCCACUUUGACCAGAGCAAGUAUGGUCUCCUGUUCUCACUGUUGGGAAUCGAAGAGGUUGCGCCACUCGUUUGGGACAUCCUUUUGCUUCUGCCCGUCAAUCCCCACAUCUUUGGCCUCCUGUACAGUAUCCCCGUCGACAAGGACACCUGCGAUUGGCCAACAGUGUUGGACGCCUCAUCGGUCUUUAGACUUCUCUACUCGUUACUCAUAAUUGAGAACUUUGUCGAGAGCAACAACCACGAUUGGAGGAGCCGCUUUGUACAGACCGGUGGCCUGUCACAGCUGGUCAACAUCCUCAUGCACACCGACAUGCAGCACGAGAGCAAGGGAGCCAAGCGCAAACAAUGUCUGUCAUCGCUGAUCAAGACCAUCGUGUUGUUCAUCCUGGAUCCACAGACCAUGUCGAUCAAUCUCUCCAGCAUCUCCCCACAGGUGGUGGCCAACUUCACCCCCUCCUCAUUCCUGUCCAAGCUGAUGGAUUUGGCGUGGAGCCAAACCCUGCCAACGGUGCAGUCAGAGGAGAUGAUGUUGAUGCACAUGACUGACGAUGGAGAUGUCAUCGGUAACAUCCUGACACUCAUCCAGGCACUUGUGGUCAAUCCCGAACAGAUGGAGCAAUUCUACAAACACAAGGACAUCACCAAGUGGAUCCAAUUACUGUUGCUGGACAGCAGUGAUGGCUCCAUCCGUGACACUGCCAUGAACAAGUUCUGUGGCUUCUGUCACAACAACCCCAAGGCUCUCGAGUUCUUCUUGAACCAAUGUCUUGCACUGCUCCCCUUCACAGUUGGCUCUGACAAGUACUCCUUCUCGAGCAAUCAGUUCUUCUACCUACUGAGCUGGCUGCUGCGUGAACGAUGCAACACUACUGCAAUCGAGACCUUUAUGCCUUUACUCAAGCAAUUGGUGCAGAUGCUCAAGGCACACCCCAUCGUCGAGACCAACCUUUUCCAACAGGACUACGUCCUUAUUGGCCUCGUCAACCUGAUCCGCACAUUGGUCAGCUACUCACACGAGUUCAAACUGACUGCUGGAUUCAAGGAGGAGCUUGUUCGUGCCGUCUUCCACGAGUGUCUCUUUGACAUUGCCUCGGCUGACAACCAUGGACCACGCUGCUCUCCAAAGGCCAAGACCAAAGAGUCGCGUGAGGCCUGCUUUGGUCUCUUGCAGGAGCUGGCAGCCAACUGUGAAGAGAACUAUCGCAUCUUGGUAUCACUGUUGACCAACCAGAACAAGCCAGACGAACGUCGUGCCAUGUGGAACUACUAUCCAGUGGGCAAUGAGAAAUCAUCCUGUGGCUACGUUGGUCUCAAGAACCUCGGAGCGACAUGCUACAUCAACUCCUUGAUGCAACAAUUGUACAUGAUCCCUCGCUUCCGCUACAGCAUCCUGCAAGCUGAGGACUCCAACCCCAACACUGCCGAUUCGCUGCUCUACCAGCUCAAGAUCAUCUUUGCCAACCUGCAAGAGAGCGAGAAGAGAUCACACGAUCCCAAAGCCUUUUGCAUGGCCUACAAGUACGAUGGACAACCAAUCAACACACUGAUUCAGAUGGAUGUUGAUGAGUUCUUCAACAUGCUGUUUGAUCGUCUAGAGAACCAGCUCAAGGGCACAAAGGAUGAGAGGCUGCUCAACGAAUUCUUUGGCGGUGCCUCUGUCAACCAAUUCAUCUCACAAGAGUGCUCGCAUGUCUCUGAGCGAGAGGAACCAUUCUACACGAUGAGCGUUGAGGUAAAGAACAAGAAGGACAUACAAGAGUCUCUGCAGCUGUUUGUCGAGUCCGAGACGUUGGACGGCGACAACAAGUACUUCUGUAGCCAGUGCUCACAAAAGGUCAAGUGUCUCAUGAGACGCUGUGUCAAGUCCCUACCAAACACACUGAUCAUCCACAACAAGCGAUUCGAGUUUGACCUGGACACAAUGAGGAGGACCAAGCUAAAUGAUGCCCUCAAGUUCCCAAUGGAGCUUGACAUGGCGCCAUACACCAAGGAGGUACUGGAGCGCAAGGAGGCCAUCGAGAAGGCCAAGGCACAGGGUCUCCCAGAGCCCAACAUCCCACCACUCCAUCCACCCGAGUACUACCACUACCAGUUGAGUGGUAUCCUGGUGCACAGUGGCACUGCCGACUCUGGACACUACUACUCGUUCAUUAAGGAGCGUGACUCAAUCUUCCAAGGUCAAGAACGCAAAUGGAUCCAUUUCAACGAUCAGAUGACCGAAUACUUCAAUCCAGAGGACAUCUCCAAGUCUUGCUUUGGUGGCUACGACUCCAUCUCUAUGGAUCAGGGCAAGACCAACAUCCGCACCACCACAAGAAACAACAACGCCUACAUGUUGUUCUACGAGAAGGUGCACAAGGACAAUGAACCAAAGCCAGUCUACAAGGAUGUUGGCCUUUCACAGGCCUCCAAGCUUGUGCCCCAGGAGAUCUACAGCAACGUCUGGAAGAAGAACAUGAAGUUCCUCACUGACAAGAACAUCUUUGAGCAAUCCUACUUCAACUUUAUCUGGAGCAUCCUACAUCUUGGACAAAUCGAACCCAGUGCCAACAGAAUGGAGCACGAUGGUGAGGACUCAUUCGAUCAAACCAUGAUGUCCAUUGAGCUGGGCACCCGAUUUGUCGUUGAAACCCUAUCUCACUCCAAGGAGCGCAAGAACCUCGGUGACUUUGUCGACUACCUUUGCUCGCUCUAUGCCAAUCAUGUUGAUUCCUGCAAGUGGUUGAUCAACACUCUCUCUGAGGACAUCUCUUGGGUGGUCCAGAAUAUGUUGGUGUGUAUUACGACCGAGCCCCGCGAGGCACUAUUCAAGAUCAUCAUGCAGGUCAUUCAGACCCUGUUGCCCUACGACAGACAGUUCUACUUUGAUGUGGAGAGCACCGAUGACAAUGACAAUGACGAUGCCAAGGACUCUCCAAUGGAUCUAGUCGAGGUUGAUGUUGUGCAAAAGUCCAUUGACGAUUACAACGACAACAACACCAACAACCACAUAACAAUCGGUCGUCCCAAGUCCUACAUUGUCCGUUUCAUGGACAAGUAUCUAGAGUAUAUCAAGGAUGCCUCGUUCUUUUGGAAGCACUUCCAUCAGUACUUCACACUGAUUCGUGACUUUAGCUGCAUUGGUCACCAAGAGAAGAAGUACCUGCUGUCCAGAAAUGUUGUGGCCCGUCUCAUUGACUUUUACCUUGGCGAUGAAUCACCAAUGGCCAAGACAACGCCACCACAAAAGAGGACCAAGAUGGGUGAUAAGUUCAACUCGCCACUCCUUCAGUCGAUGUUGGAGACUGUGGCCUUCCUCACCACGGCGUGCAACACCAACUACUUUGGCAACGAAUCACAGGAUGAUGAUGAUGAACCACUCUACAUGAGCAACGAUGAUAUGCAGAUGGUGACCAACCCCGCCUUUAUCGUCAAGACCAUCAAGGACAAUAUCAGCAUCAAGGCAACUAGCGACAUCCUGAUUCACCUCUGCUACAACAACAUUGAUCUCAGUCAACUGAUGAUCGAGCACAUCCAACACUCAGAGUACCGCUACACGCUUGAUGUUCUCUACGCGCUGAUCACCAUCCAGGACGACAAUCAGGAUGAGAGAGCAGACUGUGCCAUCAUGGCGUACAUCAACUUUUUGGACGAGAACAAGCAACGCAUCUUCCACCCCUACAUCAAGGCACUCAUCGAGCUUGCUCUCUCCAACGACACUAUCGCCACGUGGUUCGACGAAAACAUGGGCGAGUGGGUCGUUCGUUGGCUUGUUCAGCACGAUGCCCAAGAGAUCAGAUACGAGACAUUCAAUCUCAUCAUCCAUCUCUACGGUAUGGGUGACGACAACAUCCCCGUGGAUCCAGAGCGCAUCCACUCACUGUUCCUCUUUUUGAUGAGCAUCAUCAAAGAGGUCAGACACCAGGCCAAGGAGGACAAGAGCGAGAACCGAUCUGGCAAGUGCGAGUACUACUUCCGACUGUUGUCAAUGUGCACCAUAUCCGACCAGCAGAGGAGCCUCUUUGCCAAGAACAAGGGUACCAUCCUCAAGCUGUUCCUUCAGUUCAUCACCACCAACCAGUCCAUCGAGAGGAACCGUCUCGAGGUCACACACUUUGUGUCGCUCAUGCUCGAUGGAUCGCCAGAGAAUGUACGACUCAUGCUCGAAGACCCUAUUCGCAACAAGUUGAUGGACUACUUUAUCAGUAUAUCGCCCAAGGAGGACUUGAAGAUAUUCAACCAAAAGUCUCUGCCCAGCUUCUACCAGAUCCUGUAUCUCAUGUCCCAGGCCAACCUCGAGUUCCUCACCUACGUCGUAUCUCACAACAACUUCUGCUGGGCGCUCAACUAUCUCUUCUUGGAGUGCAAUGAGUAUGCCGACACGGCUGAUCUGCUCUAUCGCAUGGCCGACCUGAUGGUUCAGAGGAUUCCAUCCCAGUUCAACGCCAAGAUACUCAACAGUUGCUUCAGCUUCCACAACUUCCAUCUCUAUUUGCCCAACUGCCUUGCGUUGGCCAAUCUGUUGACGACCAAGCGCAAGGAGGCCAACCUGUUCUUCCAAGUGUACUCCUCCGAAGGCAACGAACGUUGGACACCAAUGGACACCUUUUGCAGACAGCUGAGAAACAAGUACCAGCACGAGUCUAUCUUGGGUAUCAAGAUCAUCGAUCUGGUCUCCAAGGUACUCAUGCUUCUACGUCGUGAAUCAUCACCAAACAUUCACAGUGAUCAAGUCAUUGGUGAAAGUCAUCAGCAGCAGCAACAACAGCAACAGCAACAACAACAACAACAGUUACAGGUGUGGGAUUGCAACUAUUUACCAUUCAAGACCAUCAUAUCAACGAUGUUUACCAUUGCCGAACUGAACAUUGCCUACAUUGCACCUGUCAACAAAUUGUUCACACAGAUUGCUUGCGAGUACUCUGAAGGAUUGGUACUGACCAUGUACGAGAUAUACAAUAAGCGUACUGGUCCAGCCCACGUUGACUCGGACAGCAACCUGCAGCAGCACUCAAUUCAGAACCAACAUCAUCAACAGCAAAGACAACAGCAUUUUACCCAGACCCACGCUUCAUUCUGCAAGAUAAUGUUGGACAUUAUCAAUCUGUGUCUGCAGAACAGCACCAAUGCCGUAGUCCAACAGAAGGGCAUCCAUAUUGUGUUGAAGAUUAUCAAGGAGAUGAUCUCGGUGGGCCACGACUCUGCCUUUGGCGAGCUCACCAGCUUUGUUGCCAAGAACUGUGUCCAGAUCAGGGACGAUGAGAAGCUCGGUAUGAUGCUAUACGCUACCAAGAACCCCAAGGCCAUGCUCAACCAAGACUUUUGCGCUACAUUCAAGCGCUUCUUUGCAGAGACCGAGAAGCUGUUGUCUCUCGAGUCAGUUGGACAGCUGUUCCAAUCACUAGAGGAACAAAUCAGCACAGCCAUUGCCUCUAUCAACUCGCUUCAAUCGACCAUCCACAGCUCUUCAACAGAGUCAGAGAUUGACCAGCAUUUGACAGACCUCACCAACACACUCAAGUGCAUCGAGGUAUUGGGAACUGGAGGUCUGGGUGCCAAGCACUUUGGACCAACCCUAGACAUCCUCAAUGCAUUCAGUGUGGCCAUAGGCGAAGAGGAUAACAUCUCCAAGCAUGCCAAGUUAUUCAAGAGUAAUCUAGAGACUCUAAAGUCAUCUCCUUCUUCAUUCUCCUCCACCAACAGUUUAGCCAUAGUGGCUGAAAACAUUGAUGAUGACAGCAACAACCUCAACAGCAACAACCUCACCAUUCACAAGGUACAGAACAUUUGA